CUUGAACAUGUUCCGAAGGGUAUUUGGAAUCUCUAAUAGAUGCACUCCUACUCGUUUACGAUACUUAAGAGAGUAUGUAUGUUUAAGAGAGGCUGCAAAUCCAUCAGCUUAAUAAGCCUAAAUAGCUUAAUUCCAAUAAGUGUCAAAUAAAUAUGGAUUGGCAGUUCCUCAAUUAGCAACUUUAUCUGGAAUCUUUUAAUUAAGUCAAUUACUAAGACCUUAAAAUUUCCCAAAUCCUAAUGAUUACAAAGUAACUCACUUUAUUUUGAAUAUCUAUAGAUACAUGUUGAAAAGUUAGAAUUAUUGUUCAGACAAACCUAACAAAGUAAUGAGACUUUAAGUCAAUUUGCACAAUCCCUCGAAUAUAAAAUUCCAGAAAUAACAAAGCUUACUAAUGAUGCUAGAAAAUAAGCUGCCCAAGAAUUGUUUAGCAUUUAUUUAGAAGGAAUUCAUUACGAUAAUUUAGUCUCACCGUAGAGAUUAUAUAAUAUUUUAGAGGCUAUGUUUAGUAAUUAGAAUCAAUCUACAGACAAAGAACAACAGAAGCAGUCAAAAAGAUUUAAGCAGAAGUUAAGGAUCCCUAAAUAGCAGCCUAAUUAACAUAAUCCCUUGAAUCGAUCUUCUAAAAUUACUAAUUCAACUAAGGACGGUAUUCGUGUAUUCUAAUUUAGAUAUGUUGGUUUGAUUAAGUCUUUCAUUGACACUCUCUAAGGAACAGAAGUGGAAGUAGCUUAAAAAUUGGAUUAACAAACCCAAGAGAAACAAUUAUUCAUUCAAACUGUUGACAAAGCAACAAAGCAAUUUUCUGCUGAAGAUUAAGAGUAUGCCAGAAAUGUAGAUGGACACGAUUACAAAUUAUUCCUAUAAGAAUUAUAUGAGAAGGAAUAUUAAUCAGGAUUUGCAUAGAAUAGAUUUAAUGAAAAAGGAUAAAAGUUGGUUUAUGAAUCAUAGGCAUAAGAACAUCACGUUCUAAGAUAUCAAAUUUUAGCAGGAGUGUUUGCUGGUUACUUCCUCUAUUUAUUCUACAGAGGUGAUGCCUAUUACUCAACAAUCGUGACAGUUCCAGUUGUUGCAGCAGCCUUCUUCUAUUUGGCUAAGUAGGGACAAGUAAAUUUGUUUUGUAUAUAAAUAGGCCAAAAGAGCUAUUCCAUAUGUUAGAUAAGUGCUCAAAAACACUGACAACACCUAUGAGGUAGUUUUUGAAUAGAAUCGUAUUAUUAGUAGAAUUGAAAAUGUACAACCAGGAUAAAUCAAGUAAGUAGUUAUGAUUAUUCCUAUUUAAGACUUGCUCAAGAUACUUAAUUUGCCAAUACACUGGUCUUUGGCAAUCCAACAGAUUUCGGAUAUCACGUUAAGGUUGCUGACAAUUCAUUUAUUGCACCAUACUUAUACAGUGGAAAUGGUUUAGAUUUCAGAGCAUUUAUUAAUGUUUGAUUCAAUAAUAUAAAUCACAAUAAAAACAAAAC